UCUAGUUUUGGAGGAAAAGCUUUUGAGUUUUGAUCCGAAAAUUUCUGGGAAAUCGGCGCCAAAUAUUUCGCAGUUUAUUACAGCUCUCCCGCUCUUCCUUCAGCGACGCUUUAAAGGCUGCCGUCUUGAGAGGAGAGGGUUUUUGGAGGCGCAGUUUAUCUUUUUUUCCCUACCAGCCAAGUUGAGUUCUGGACAAACGCAAAAUCAGCUGAUUUUAGGGUUUUUGGCUCAAUGGGCUCGGCAUCACUGUUGAACUCGGGAAUCCCUGAUCCGGAAGCUAAUGGUACAUCGUCGUCCGCAUCUGGAAGGAAAAAGAAUAAAGGCAAUUCAAUGCCUUCAGAUUCGAAAGCUAAAAAGGUUGCAACAAAAGGCAAGAAGCGAGGGACUUGUCAGAAAAAUGAAACUCGUGCUUCCCCUCCAAAACGACCUAGGCGGGCUGCUGCACAUGUGGAUUUUAGGGAAAAACCUGUAGAAGUGAUUGAUGAGUCCUCACUUAUAGAAUCAAAGAAAGAGCAAGUUGUUGAUGAACUCCUUGCUGUUCGCCUGACUGAAGGACAAGAAAAUGGUCGUCCAAACAGGCGAUUGACUGAUUUCAUAGUGCACGAUGAAGAUUUUGCUCCACAGUACCUGGAGAUGAUUGAAGUGAGUGAUAUGUUUCUUUCUGGUGUUAUAUUACCCCUUGAUGAUUGUAUUGGUGAGGGUAAAGCGAAGCGUGUGCGUUGUGAAGGUUCUGAAAGGAUAGAAGAGUGGGACAUUUCUGGCUACGAAGAUGGCUCCCCAGUUAUAUGGCUUUCAACAAAUAUUGCUGAUUAUCAUUGCCUUAAACCGGCAAGUAGCUACCGGAAGUUUUAUGAUCUCUUUUUUGAGAAAGCCCGUGCUUGUAUUGAAGUGUACAAGAAGUUGUCGAAAUCAGCUGGUGGAAACCCUGACCUCACGUUAGAUGAGUUGGUUGCUGGGCUUGUUCGAUCUUUCAGCAGUAGCAAGUGCUUUUCUGGAGUAUCAUCCAUUAAAGACUUUGUUAUCUCGCAAGGCGAGUUCAUAUACAACCAGCUUAAAGGGUUAGACGAGACGUCCAAAAAUAAUGAACUUAGAUUCUCGGAGAUGCCUGUUCUUUUGGCUUUAAGAGAUAAGAGCCAAAAACAUGAUAAUCUUAUACUGGAAGGAGCAGUUGGUUUCAAGGGGAAUCUGGUCAUUGAACCAACAGUUGAUGUCAAGAAGACUAAGUUGGAUCCCUUGAGUGGAUCUGCUGGCACAGUUGAUGAAGAUGAGGAUGCUAAACUAGCCCGUUUGCUGCAACAAGAGGAGUUCUGGGGUUCCAUGAAACAGAAGAAAAGAAAAGGUUCAUCCUCCAUGGCUAAUGCCAUCUACAUCAAGGUCCAUGAGAGAGACAUAGCAGAUGAUUAUCCUCUCCCUGCAUACUACAAGCAAACAGUUGAAGAAACUGAUGAAUAUAUAGCCAUUGACAGUGAUGAUGUGAUUAAUCCUGAUGAUCUCCCAAGGAAACUGUUGCAUAAUUGGUCACUUUAUGAUUCAGACCUAAGAAUGAUGUCCUUGGAGCUUCUCCCAAUGAGACCCUGUGAAGAUAUUGACAUCACUAUUUUUGGGUCUGGUAUGAUGACAGAAGACGACGGGGGAGGAUUCUGUAUUGAAGAUGAUCUCAAUCAGUCUUCUUCAGGUUCUGAGGUUGAAAUGGGGUUGCCAAUUUUUUUGAGUGCUAUAAAGGAAUGGAUGAUUGAGUUCGGAUCCUCAAUGGUUUUUGUGUCAAUUCGAACAGACAUGGCAUGGUACAGACUUGGGAAGCCAUCAACACAAUAUGCACCAUGGUUUAAGACAGUACUUAAGACUGCAAAACUUGGCAUAAGCAUCAUCUCACUGCUGAAGGAGCAAAGCCGAGUAUCCAAACUUUCUUAUGCAGAAGCUCUGAAGAAAGUUUCAGAGUUCAAGAAAGAUCAUGUUUCUUACAUUUCCUCUGAAGUGGCAGCUGUUGAGAGAUUUACUGUUGUGCAUGGACAGAUACUUCUUCAGCUCUUCGAUGAAUUCCCUGAUGUGAACAUCAAAAGAAGUGCAUUUGCUACUGGGCUUACAAAUAAAAUGGAGCAGCGUAAGCAUAUAAAAUGGGUUGGAAACAAGAAGCUGAUUUUGCAGAAGAGUCAAACUAAUCUGAACCCUCAAGCUAAUAUGGGUCCUGUGGUGUCUAAGAGGAAGGCUAUGCAGGCGACGGCAACGAGAUUAAUUAACAGAAUUUGGGGAGAAUACUAUUCCAACUACUCACCGGAGGAUUUGCAAGAAGAAACAACUGAGAAGGUCAAAGGUGAACAUGAAGAUGAGGAGCAAGAGGAUAAUGAGGAGGAUGCUGAAGAGGAGCCAUUAAUAGUUUCAGAGGAAGUGCAGAAGCCAUCCCCUAUAUCGAUGAAAGUUAGAUCGCAUGAUAGGAAGUUAGAAGUAAGAUGGGAAGGAAAUUCAGUCGACAAAACUCUUCUUGGUGAACCUAUUUACAGUAGAGCCAUUGUCCAUGGGGAGGUCAUUGCACCUGGGGGUUCUGUCAUGGUUGAUGAAUCUGAUGACUUUCCUGCAAUCUACUUUGUUGAGUACAUGUUUGAAACUUCUGAUGGCACCAAAAUGUUCCACGGAAGAAUGAUGCAACAUGGUGCUGAGACCGUUCUUGGAAAUGCAUCCAAUGAAAGAGAGGUCUUCUUGACAAACAGUUGCACAAAUUAUUCAUUGCAGGAUAUUAAGCAGCCUGUUGUUGUGGAAAUCCGUAAAAUGCCAUGGGGUCAUAAUUUUCGGAAACAGAAUAUAAAUGCUGAUAGACUGGAUAGAGAAAGAGCUGAAGAAAGGAAAAAGAAAGGUUUGCCAUUGGAAUAUUACUGUAGAAGUUUGUACUGGCCAGAGAAGGGUGCGUUCUUCUGUCUUCCAUCCGCUGAAAUGGGUCUUGGUUCUGGUGAUUGUAACUCAUGUAAAAUUCGAGAGGCCGAGGAGGCAAAUGACAAGUUCAAAGUCAAUUCUUCAGGCACCGGAUUUGUGCUUGGAGGAAUCCAGUACUCUCUUCAUGAUUUUGUUUAUGUUCAGUCAGAGAACUUUGUGCGAAGGAAGGAAGCUGGAACUUUCAAGGGUGGAAGGAAUGUAGGGCUGGAAGCUUAUGUGGUGUGCGAAUUGGUAGAGAUCAAUGUGGAAAAGGAAACACGACAGACUAGUGAAAGGUCUACCCAGAUUAAAGUUCGAAGAUUUUUCAGACCAGAGGACAUUUCAUCUGAGAAAGCUUACUGUUCUGACAUCCGUGAGAUAUAUUACAGUGAAGAAACACACAUUUUACCUGUCGAGGUGAUAGAAGGAAAAUGUGAAGUAAAAAAGAAAACUGACCUUCCAGCUUGCAGCGGUACCACAGUUUUGGAUCACAUCUUCUUUUGUGAGCGUCUAUAUGAUCCUUCUAAUGGUUCGCUUCGGCAGUUGCCAGCUAAUAUCAAAUUGAGUUAUUCCAGAAUGGGUGACAAUAGUGAUGUUGCUUCUAGGAAGAGAAAGGGUAAGGGUAAGGAGGGAGACAAUGAUGUGGAAGUGGAGAAACCAAGAGAAGAAUCUCAAGGGAACUGUUUGGCCACACUUGAUAUUUUUGCUGGGUGUGGUGGCUUGUCUGAAGGGUUGCGACAAGCUGGUGUGUCUAUGACGAAGUGGGCCAUUGAGUAUGAAGAGCCAGCAGGGGAAGCAUUCAGACUUAAUCAUCCUGAAUCAUUGGUGUUUGUCAACAAUUGUAAUGUCAUUCUCAAAGCGGUGAUGGAGAAAUGUGGUGAUGCAGACGACUGCAUUUCAACUGCAGAGGCUGCUGAAUUGGCUGCAGCUCUCGGUGAAAAUGUCAUUAAUGACUUACCACUUCCAGGACAGGUGGAAUUUAUCAAUGGCGGACCUCCAUGUCAGGGAUUCUCUGGGAUGAACAGGUUUAAUCACAGUACUUGGAGUAAAGUUCAAUGUGAGAUGAUCUUAGCGUUUCUAUCCUUUGCUGAUUACUUCAGACCAAAGUAUUUCCUCCUCGAGAAUGUGCGGAACUUUGUCUCUUUCAAUAAAGGACAAACAUUUCGUCUAACUCUGGCUUCCCUCCUUGAGAUGGGUUAUCAGGUGAGAUUUGGAAUUUUGGAAGCCGGAACGUUUGGCGUUUCGCAGUCACGGAAAAGAGCUUUUAUAUGGGCUGCCUCACCUGAGGAGGUUCUCCCAGAAUGGCCAGAACCUAUGUAUGUCUUUGGUGGGCCCGAGUUGAAAGUCUCUCUGUCUCGGAAUUCAUACUAUGCUGCUGCUAGAAGCACUGCUGGUGGAGCUCCGUUUAGGGCUGUAACUGUAAGAGAUACCAUAGGUGAACUCCCGGCUGUGGCCAACGGUGCCUCUAAGGCAACACUGGAGUAUGCAAAUGAUCCAGAAUCGUGGUACCAAAAGCAAAUUCGAGGUAACAUGGCUGCCUUGACAGACCAUAUAUCUAAAGAGAUGAAUGAGCUGAAUCUCAUUAGAUGCAAGAGGAUCCCUAAGCGCCCUGGUGCUGACUGGCGUGACCUACCUGAAGAGACGGUGGCUUUAUCAAAUGGUCAGAAGGCUGAUCUCAUCCCAUGGUGCUUGCCAAAUACUGCUGCUCGGCACAACCAGUGGAAAGGACUGUUUGGGAGGCUGGAUUGGGAAGGGAAUUUCCCAACCUCAAUUACAGAUCCUCAACCCAUGGGGAAGGUGGGGCUGUGCUUUCAUCCUGAUCAAGACAGGAUCGUUACGGUGCGUGAAUGUGCUCGAUCUCAAGGUUUUCCAGACAGCUAUCAGUUCUGUGGCAACAUUAUUAGCAAGCACCGUCAGAUUGGAAAUGCAGUGCCCCCUCCAUUGGCGUAUGCGUUGGGAAGGAAGUUGAAGGAAGCACUUAACAGUAAGAGGGCCAGAUAGAUAGUGUUGCGUUGAACUUAUAACUUUAUUUUCUGCUGAACUUUAUUUUGUGGAACUGAGAUCGGUGCAAGAACUGAUUCUGUUACAGUCCAAGACAGCGUUUCAAUGGUGAUGAGUGUAGUUACUAAGGCUUGUUCAAGAAAUUUGGCAAUAGAAAAGAUUGCUUACUUUUCAUAUUGUUUUUGUUUUCAACUCUCAAAACAGAAAAUGGUAGUUUUAUGAUAUUUCUGGUAUUAAUAAAAUGUUGUUUCCAC